AUGGGUUUGACUAUUGCCUUUGAGAUGCCUGACGGCGCCGCAGUUGUGAUCUCGGUUCUGGUCCUUCUUAUUUCCCUUUCUGUCACCUGGAAGAUCUUCCUCCACAAUCCACCAAAGAAAAACGACCCUAUUGUUUGUGAUGACCGGUUCACGGAUUAUCUACCCCCUCUUGGUCACAGAGCUUUUAAGGCGUCGGAGCUCGUUCCACGCCGAGAACAAGAAGUUCUCAAGCAGCAGAUCGAGAUGAUUGAGCGGAAUAGACAGGCGGCUUUCACCGAGAUUGGAAGAAUUUACGCUCGGCGUGUCCAAAUUGACAAAGCUCUGGAUGAAACCGUCGAAGCGCUCAAGAAAGAAUUCCCCCAUGAUUUCGGACCAGCACUCCCCCUCAAGAAGAAGAUCCGCGACUUGUCCCGAGAAAUGGAGCAGUGUUACGGGAUGGCGGACGAUAUUUGUCAUCAAAUGCAUCAGAUGAUGGUGCAGAGGUUGAGCCUUCGUCGAAAGAUUGACCGCAUUGACUUGCAAAUGGAGUCGGCGCGUCUCGCUGAGAUCAUGCAUCCUCAUGUCAUUCCCACCGAGGCUCUGGGCGAUCCGGACCGGGAGGAAAAGAAGAGAG